AUGAAUCCCAGCAGUGUGAAUCCCAGCAGUGUCAGUCCCAGCAGUGUCAGUCCCAGCAGUGUCAGUCUCAGCAGCGAGAAUCCCUGCAGUACGAGACCCAGUAACGUGAAUCCCAGCAGUGUGAAUCCCUGCAGUGUGAAUCACAGGAUGCUGAACCCCAGCACUGUUUGUCCCAGCAAUGAGACUUACUGCAACACCAGCCCUCGCAGUGUGAAUCCCAGCAGUGUCACUCCCAACAAUGUCACUCCCAGCAGUGUGAGUCUCAGCAGUGCGUGUCCCAGCAGUAUGAAUCCCACCAGUGUGUGUCCCAGCAGUGUGAUUCCCAGGAUUGUGAAUCCCAGCAGUGUGAGUCCCAGCAGAUUAAAUCGCAGCAGUGUGAUUCCCAGCAGUAUGAAUCGCAGCAGUGCCAGUACAAGCAAUGAGAAUUCCAGCACUGCAAGUCCCAGCAGCAUCAGUUCCAGCAGUGUGAGUCCCAGCAGUAUGAAUCCCAGCAGUGUGCAUUCCAGCAGUUGGAAACAAAGCAAUGUGAUUCCCAGCAGUUAG